AUGACGGGCGCGUCCGCGGACCCCGCGCGGCGCGAGGUCAGGGUGCGCUCGCGGGGGAAGAUGCGCGACGUCGUGUCGCAUCUCCUCGGCGUCUUCGCGGUGCGCCCCGCCCUCGCGUCGGACGAUGUCAUUCAUUCAUCUUCUCCCGUCCCGCCGUCGUCGAGUCGACUCGUCUCGUCCCCCGCCGACCCCGUCUUCCCUCCCCGCGCGCGCGCCACGUCGUCGCAGGACGCGAACGGCGACGACGGCGUCGUCGUGGUCGUCACCGCCGCGGGGCGCGCGAUCAACAAAGCGAUCGCGUGCGUCGAGAUCGUGAAGCGCCGCGUCCCGGGCCUCCAUCAGGUGCGUUCAUGUUCGCACUGGUUCCCAUACGACCGCGUCGGCGUGGUGAACGCCGUUCCUUAA